AUGCACAUCUUCCUACCACUGCAUACUCGCCCAUUUGUAGAACUAGAGAAUUGAAACAGGCAUCACCGGAAGUCAAAUCUCAGAUCUUUUGGAAAGAAAAAAGCAUUUGGAAGUUGAAGAAGUGGAAUGGGAUUUGCGUGUGAUUGGCAAAAGGAUUCGGACAGUGGGUAUUUUGCUGGGGGCUUCCGAAGCAUUGUGAGGAGGAAGCAGGUUGAUUCCGCCUCUGCCUCUUCUAAUCAUUCAAAUCAAUCAUCCUCUCCUUCUUCUUCUUCCUCCGGGCACGGCAGAUUUCACAAUCAUCAUCAACUGGCCAAGGCUUUGACUGUCCCUCACCUCAUUGCCAUAGGUGUUGGUUCCACAGUUGGUGCUGGUGUUUAUAUUAUAGUUGGCACUGUAGCCAGAGAGCAAACGGGCCCAGCACUCACCCUUUCCUUUUUAAUUGCUGGGAUAGCAGCUGCACUUUCUGCCUUCUGCUAUGCUGAGCUUGCAAGUCGUUGUCCCUCUGCUGGGAGUGCCUAUCACUAUUCUUACAUAUGCGUUGGAGAAGGUGUUGCUUGGUUGAUUGGAUGGGCUAUGAUAUUGGAAUACACAAUUUCUGGUUCUGCUGUAGCACGUGGCAUAUCUCCCAAUCUGGCUUUACUCUUUGGAGGUCAGGACCAUUUUCCUACUUUUUUAGCCAGGCAGACAAUCCCUGGGCUUAAUGUUGUAGUGGACCCUUGUGCUGCAAUGUUAGUUUGCAUUGUCACUGGGCUAUUAUGCAUUGGAAUCAAGGAGAGUACAACGGUUCAAGGAUUCAUCACGAUUGCCAAUCUAUUAUCAUUGGUUUUUGUAAUCAUUGCUGGUGGAUAUCUGGGAUAUAUAACGGGGUGGCCUGGUUAUGAGCUUCCUGUUGGGUAUUUUCCCUUUGGGGUUAAUGGAAUGCUUGCAGGGGCCUCAACUGUCUUUUUUUCAUAUGUCGGCUUUGAUACGGUUGCUAGUACAUCUGAGGAAGUGAAGAAUCCUCAGCGCGACCUGCCAUUGGGGAUUGGUCUAGCAUUAAUGAUAUGCUGCAUGCUUUAUAUGUUAGUCUCAGCUGUUAUUGUCGGUUUGGUUCCCUACUUUGCUAUGGAUCCUGAUACCCCUAUCUCCUCCGCAUUUGGGAGCCAUGGUAUCAAGUGGGCUGUAUAUAUAAUAACUACUGGAGCUUGUACUGCUCUUUGCUCUACACUGAUGGGUGCCCUCUUAUCUCAGCCACGAAUAUUUAUGGCCAUGGCUAGGGAUGGGUUGUUGCCAUCGUUUUUUUCGGAUGUGGACAAACAUACUCAAGUUCCUGUCAAGAGCACUCUAGUGACUGGUCUACUCUCUGGGGCCUUAGCAUUCUUCAUGAAUGUCGAUCAGUUAGCCGGAAUGGUUAGUGUUGGUACACUUCUUGCUUUCACGGUGGUGGCAGUUUCUGUGCUCAUACUUCGUUAUGUUCCACCAGAUGAGGUUCCACUUCCACCAUCCUUUCAGGAGGCAAUAGAUGCUGUAACUAUCCGCUAUAGUGGCAGUAAAAGUGAUGGUGACAUUUUUGAGACUACCAAAACUGUUACUGCAGCCAUGGAUGAUCAUGUUCCAUUGUUAAUCAAGGCACCUUUUUGGCAGCCCCUUCAGCAGAAAGUAGCAGGUCACUUCAGCUGUUUAGUAAGUGAAAGGCGUAAACUUGCUGGAUGGGCCAUCUUGCUUAACUUUGCUGGGGUGCUUGUACUGGCUUCUGCUGCUUCUAGUGUUGGCCUGCCAAAAUGUCUAAGCUUCAUACUUUAUGGAAUUGGUGGAUCCCUUUUGCUAUCUAGUUCGUUAGUUUUGACUUCCAUACCCCAAGAUGAUGCAAGACACAACUUCGGACAUUCAGGAGGUUUUGUGUGUCCAUGUGUUCCUCUUUUGCCCAUCACCAGCAUUCUCAUCAACGUCUACUUGUUAAUGAACCUUGGUUGUGCAACUUGGGCGCGCGUAUCCGUAUGGUUGCUGGUAGGGAUGGUUGUUUACAUCUGUUACGGGCGGACCCACAGCAUUCUGCGGGAUGCGGUUUAUGUGCCCGCAGCCCGUCUGGAUGAAAUUUACAGCCUAAUUCCUCCUCAUACUUCUUGACGUGAAACUCCACCUGGCAUGUUGUAUCCCUUGGCUGUAUAGCGUUUCUUGCCUUCAUACUUCAAUGGUACUCCGCAUUUUAUAUAUAGUGCUGGUGCCCUGCCAGAAAAAGAAGAGGAAAAAACAAAAAUGGCGGGAAAAUGGAAAAAUUAAAGACAGGUCUGUGAAUGUGUAAACUUGUUAGCUUUUGUGAUAAUAAUUAUGUUGUCACUUCAUAAGAAUGUUGUU